CCCUGCAGCCCGUCUGUCUGUCUGUGUGUGUGUUGUUUUGUGAAUGUGGGAGCGGAGGAACAUGUGCUGAGGUGUACUUUGCAAAGAUUUUCGACACUUUUUGUUUAUGAGAGCGCGUGUGGUAAUGGGACAAAUUUAAAUACAAGUUUGCACUCAUGAAAAAGUAUUUAUUUUUUAUUUAUCAGCAAGUAGCCGUUCUGUUGAGGCAAAGCAGUGUCUGACACUCUUGCUUUUGUCCUGUCAAAGCAAGACUUUCUGCCUGUUUCACCCUGUUUGGUUUUAGCAAGUUUGAUCUUAUUAGUCGAGAGAAGAUGUCUACUGACUGCCAGAAGACAACUGCCAAGGCCAUCCCGUCCACGAGGAGGGUGACCAUCAGCGACGCGGAUCACAUGCCCCAAGAUUACUCCACUACUCCCGGGGGGACCCUCUUCAGCACCACGCCAGGGGGUACUCGGAUCAUUUACGACCGAAAGUUCCUGCUGGGGUGUCGUACUUCUCCGGUGGCCAGGACUCCUCCUCGAGGUCUGCCAAGCAUUCCAGGGGUGACCAGUCCACCAUCCAAAGAGCCCAAAGAGAAGAAGAUCAAUGGAGAAGUAGUGAACAACAACACCACUGUGGCUGAUGGGAGCGGUGCUGGUGAUGACGCACAGUUUGAAAUGGACAUCUAGAUGGAGAUGACCAAGUAUUACGAUGCUGUGAAAAGAGUCUAAUACUUUCCAUCGUAAUUCUUCAGAAUUUUGUUUUUGCAAAAUUUGUUUUGAUCUUUCUGAUUUGGUUAUUUUUCCAGAACAAAGAUGACACUUUUUUUUUUUUUUUUUUUUUUUGCUCUUAAGACUUAAAUCUUAUUUACUUAAUACAAAGUGUGCCUUCCUGUCCUGGCUCCGAGUUUAAAAUCAAUGCUGAGAAGCCCUUCACACUAAAUGCCUCAUCAACUGGCAGCAAGAGGUCUUUAAUAAAAUGAAGUAACCAUUCCAGAAAGGUUUGCCACCUCUCUUCAGAUACUGCCUUCAGGUGUUGAAGAUGCUGUAUCAUUUGUACUGUUAAAACAUUCUCCACCUCAAGUGUUCAACAAAUAAUGUCAGCUACAUUUUUCUGAUGACAUUUUGAAGCAGUUUUUAGACGGUUUCUACGGUGACAAGAAGCAUUAAAGCAAACACCAGAAAAGCAA